CCAUCUCAUCAUUGGCAUUUGUCACAUUAAAAGUCUAUCAUCAACCAUUCUCUCCUUCAACUAUUUAUUACAUGGACGGCGCUUUAAGGUCACCAACUUCUGAGCACAUUCGUUGGAUGAAAGCAUCCCCAACAAACUUGUCCUUGCUCCCCGUCGAGCUCGUGGAGCACAUUGCGGAUCACCUUCAAGAACAACUCUGGCCUCCGGUGGAUAGUGUGAUCACCGAUUGGAACAGCUAUCCUUCACUAAGAUCUCAGCGCGACUUAUGUGCUCUGUCACUGGUAUGCCGAGCUCUCAACAAGAUCAUCGCACCCCGGAUUCUGAAGAAUGUUGUCCACGAUUUCAAAAGCAAAUCAUCUUGUGAAACGAGAUUCGACCCUUAUCGAUAUAAAUGGCUAUCCCCUCGAAGUUUCCCCUCUCAGUUAGCUCCGAAGUGGAUCCGGGUUCUCUAUCUACACGACUUAUUCCGCGAUCAAGAUCCGGCGAUAGAGACGAAAAACAUGGCCGAGCUCCUACAAAACUGUUCUGGAGUAGAAGUAUUAGUGGCAACAGGCUUUUGCGCGUCGGUACUGCUCCAUACUCUCCGCACAGCUUCACUGAAGGAAAUGGAUUCAUUGAAGGUUUUGAAGAUAUUCAGCUAUGCGAUCAAUGCCAAAUCGAUACUGGCUGCGUUUCGUACAUUUCCCAAUCUCACUAGCCUGACGAUUGAUGUCGUCAACAUUGAAGGCACCGGGACGAUUCCGCCCCAUUCCUUACCGUCGAGAGCCUCGCUCAUCACUCAACUCGAUAUUUGCGCUCGUUUAUAUGCACCAGAAGAAUACGAAUCCCUGUGUGCAGUUUUAACGCACAUAGUCCCAACUCUCAAAGUAGUACACAUCCAUGGCGAAUAUUCCGAGGAGCUACAUCGAAUUCUUUCGUUGUUAAGACGAUCGCCUGUUGAAAGCUUAUUAUUAAAUUUCAAAAACAAAUUUCCAGAAAGUCUGUUGUCGAUAAGCCUCCCAACUCUCAAAACUCUCUCCAUCUCGACUUACGGUUACACGAGCCCUCAGCUUUGGGAAUCCAACCUGGCACGAUCGGUCCGAAAAUUGAUAAUAAGAUCUAGUGGUUAUCCCAUCGACAUCAAUCAUCUGCAUCGGACGGUUGAUAUACCCAAUUUGAAAGUUCUUCAGCUCCAAUCACUUUGCAAGAUACGCGAUCAAGAAGAGGAAAGACGAUGGGAUGCACGGGUUCGGGAGUGGUGCUCGAGAAAGGGAGUCUCGUUUGUAAAUAAAAAUUCAGACAGCAAUAUCCUCACACCUCAAGAUGACUAUAGGCAUCUUUAACUGAAGCAUCUAGGUCCUUUUUUCAGUUGGUGAAUCCCAUUUGACUUGAAUAGACCUGUAAUUUAUUAGAAAUCCUUGG